AUGUCGUCCUUCUUCACCAUCCCCGGCUCUCAGAAGAAGCGGAAGCGGGCUGCUGGUCCGGAACCGCCCAAGAAGAAAAUCGCCGGCUCCAAAGCAAGCUUUGGCAAGCCUCCCGCCCGAGCCGGUGCCGCCAGCACCAAGAGACAACGCGCGGAGCGGGACGAGUCCAUCUCCGGCAGCGACUCGGACGACCAUGACUCCGACCCGGACGGCGCGGCCUCGGACGCACGCGGCGGCGACGACGACGACGACGACGAAGACGACGAGGGCUCGGGCGACGAGAGCUCGGACGACGACCAGCACGAGACUGCGGCCGAGAAGAGGCUUCGUCUGGCCGAGCGCUACCUCGACAACGUCAAGGAGCACGUCGACGAGGCCGGGUUCGACGCGGCCGACAUCGACCGCGACCUCAUCGCCGAACGGCUGCAGGAAGACGUGGCCGAGGCAAAGGGCCGAGUCUACCGCCAGCUGGCGGCCCAGCUGGCGCUGAGCAGGGCCUCGCAGACGUUCUUCCGCACAAACACAAGCUCCGUCACCUCGGUCGCCGCGUGCGCUCCGUACUUUUACACCGCGACCAAGGACCUCGCCCUGCACAAGUGGAAGGUGCAGGAGCUCCCUCGGCACCAGUUCCCGCGGACCACGCGUCGGAAACCCGCGAGGCCGGAUGCCCCGCCGCGCAAGCGGCCGCAGCUGCAGGCCUGGGUCAGGGGAAGCCGGAGCAAGGGCAAGGACGGCAACUACAAGCGGCACACGGGCCAGAUCCUGACGGUCGCGGCGUCGCCCGACGGCAGGUUCGUCGUCACGGGGGGCGAGGACAGGAAGCUGAUUGUGUACGACGCGGCCACGCUGCAGCCCAUCAAGGUGCUCACGCACCACCGAGACGCCGUCACGGCGCUCGCCUUCCGCCGCGGCACGAACCAGCUGUACUCGGCCUCGAGGGACCGGACGGUCAAGGUGUGGAGCCUGGAUGAGCUCACGUACGUCGAGACCCUGUUUGGCCACCAGGACCACGUCGUCGACAUCGGCGCUCUUGCCCAGGAGCGCUGCGUCAGCGUGGGCGCCCGUGACCGAACGGCCCGCCUGUGGAAGGUCGUCGAGGAAUCCCAGCUCGUCUUCCGUGGCGGCGGCUCCGACAGGAAAAACGCGCCCGCGGGUGUCGACCCCCGCUCUCUCCUGCACGAGGGCAGCAUGGACCGCGUCGCCAUGAUCGACGACGACCUCUUCGUCACCGGCAGCGACAACGGCGCCAUCUCCCUGUGGAGCGUCGCCAAGAAGAAGCCCGUCUACGUCCACCCCGUAGCCCACGGCUUGGACCCAGCCCUGGACCCCCUGUCCGCCUCGGCCGAGGUCAACCCAGACUCGGAGAGAGUCGUCCCGGCCCCGACGCCCCGCUGGAUCACCGCCCUCAGGACGAUACCCUACUCGGACACGAUCCUCAGCGGCAGCUGGGACGGACACGUCCGCGUCUGGAAGCUCAGCGAGGACAAGAAGAAGCUCGAGCCGCUAGGAGUCCUCGGCGACUUUGCCGACGACUACGACAACGACUCGGUCGAGGGCGGCGCCAACAACGCUCACGGCACACCUGCCUCGCGUCGCCCCCUGCCAGGCAUCGUCAACGACAUUGCCGUGUUUGAGCGCGGGGACAGGGGUCAAGACGGCCUGUGUGUCGUCGCCGCGAUCGCGCAGGAGCACCGCUUUGGGAGAUGGAAGGUCUGCAAAGGCGGCGUCCGCAACGGCGGCGUUGUCUUUGAGGUGCCCAGGAUGUCGCAGCUGGUCAAUGGCACGAACGAGCCAUCGCAGUCAGGGGAAGAGAGUGCCUCAUAG